CACUAAAAGGGUGUUAGUGGAAAUUAGAUUUAUAAAGAAUUUGUUGAAGAGAAUUCUGUAUAUUGUGAAAUUUAUGCAAAUAAAUCAGUACAAUGAUUUUAAAAAUCUUAGGAUAUAUGUAGCAUUCUCAAAAAUCUUGUUUAACAAGAAUACAACUUCCGAUAAUAUUAAUGUCAAUAUAUUUAUAAAAUCAUUAACAUCCAAACUUUUUGAAUAACAAAAAAAUGUAUAAAAUUAUAAAAUCAUCAAACCAAUAACGUUAGAAUUUAGUAAAAAUUUGAGAAUCUAUAAACCGACAGUACAAAAUUCUAAAAAAUUCUAACAAUCAUUAUAAAUCGAAUUCUCACUAAAACCCCCUAAAUAUAUUUAAUUUUUUUGUACAAUAUCUAUAUAAGCUUAUUUAAGAGAUAAAACAUUCAAAUAAAAGAGUAAUGCUCUAAAAAUAUCAUUCCAAAUUUGUUUCUUAAACUUUGUAUAUGGAUUACAUUUUUUUCAACAACAAUGAAUUACAUUUUAUAUCCUUCCAUAAAUGAAAGUAUAUUAUCUACGCAGUAGCCAAUAAAAUCUUUCAAUUUUUGUCUUUUACCAUGUCAGUAGUAUACUCUCUACUUUUAAUAGUCAAAAACAUUUAAUAAUUGUAAAUUCUGAUUUCUUACCAUCUCUGAACUUUUUUGGACAGUAACAAAUACAACAAAGGGGGAGAAGAACCCAAAAAUUACACUCCAGGUGACGCGGACCAAUCAAAUCCCAUUCUCCGGCGUCUCUUCGUUCUUGAGACCCAUCAUGGCCACGUGGAACGCCACCUCCUCCUCCUCCUCCCCCUCUGCUGCUUCAUCUCCCACCUCGACGCGAAGAACCGAGGCUCCACGGAGAUGGCCCUCCUCCGAAUCUCCACCGAGGAAGAUGAGAUCAAUCGCCGAGAUAAUGGCGGUAACCGCGCCCGUCGUUGAUCAAGCACAAGACGGUGGUAACGUCACCGUCACCUCCGGUGACGUCGUCGACCGCUACGGUGACGUGGCCUGCGAGAAAUGCGGGUCGGGAGAGAGAGGCGACGAGCUUCUCCUCUGCGACAUAUGUGAUAGAGGGUUUCAUAUGCGAUGCCUUAGACCGAUCGUGGUCCGUGUCCCUAUCGGACAAUGGCUUUGUGUCGAUUGUUCCGACCCGUUACCUGUAAGAUGUUUAUCUCAGCGGAAGAUUAUGCAUUUCUUCCGGAUUGAGAAAUUCGAUGUAACAGAGAAACCAGAGUUGAGUCAAGAAGAGACAAUAAAGCACAAGAGAAAAUCUCGCCCUUUGACUCUGACGAAGAGAAGGAGAAGACUAUUACCCUUUGUUCCAUCAAAAGAUCCUAAUCAGAGAGAUGCACAACUGAGAACACUUGCAUCUGCUUUAACAACCUUGAAAAUGAAAUACAGCAACGAGUUGACUUACAUCCCCGGGAUGGCUCCUCGGUCCGCUAAUCAGUCCAUGUUCGAGAUUGGUGGGGUGCAGGUGCUUUCCAAGGAAGAUAUUGAGACACUGGAACAAUGUCGAGCUAUGCAUCGAGUAGGAGGGUACCCUCCUCUUGUUGUCGUAGAAGAUCAGUUUCAAGGUUUCACAGUUGAAGCAGAUGGUCCAAUUAAGGACCUCACAUUGAUAGCUGAAUACGCAGGAGAUGUUGAUUACUUAAAGAACCGAGCAAAAGACGAUUGUGACAGCAUCAUGACCCUCCUUUUGUGUGAAGAUCCAUCGAAGUCUCUUGUUAUUUGCCCUGACAAGUAUGGAAACAUAUCUCGCUUCGUCAGUGGCAUCAACAAUCACAAUAGGUAUGGUAAGAAGAUGCAGAACUGUAAAUGCGUGAGGUAUAGCAUAAAUGGAGAGGUUCGAGUUCUUAUAGUGGCUACAAGGGAUAUCUCGAAAGGGGAAAGGCUUUACUAUGACUACAAUGGUUAUGAACAUGCGUAUCCUACUCAUCACUUCCUAUGAUCAUUCAGUUCAGACAGUUUGACUAGAGUCUCUGGAUCAAUAGUUUUUUUAUUUUAUUUUGAUGCAAUUUACCGGCCAGUUAAAAAGGGUAUAGAUCUAAUGUAUGGCCAUUGGAGAGGUUAAUUAUUUUCAAGUGUGAAGUUAGUGAUAGACUAAUUACAACUUCUUUGGCAGAACUUUUGUUUGGUUUCAAAAAUGAAAAUUUUAAACUUAUUUUCUAUGUUGUUA